AUGACUCUCCUUCCAGGAUACGUUUCAACCCCAGAAGUGGACGCCAGCCACUCCCCAGAAAAAAUUACCUCUGUAAACCUGGCCACUGCCCUUUUUAUCUUUGUGUCCUUACUGGUGGGGACGGUUUCCAACAGCCUCUUCCUCUGGGUGCUGGUGGUGAAGAUGAAGAAGACCGUCAACACCCUCUGGUUCUCACAUCUGAUCUUCACCUACUUGCUGCACUGUUCUUCCCUUCCUGUCUUCUCCGUCUACAUCCUGCUGGACUUCCACUGGGUCUUCGGCACGAUGCUUUGCAAACUUAUCAAUUCCUCCUUUUCAGUCGCAAUGUUCACCACCGUCUUCCUCCUCACCAUCAUCAGCCUGGACCGCUACCUCCUUAUCUGCCAUCCCGUCUGGUCCCAGCACAACCGUACGAUUCCCCGGGCGUGGAGAGUGGUUGCAGUAGUGUGGCUGGUUUCCUUAAUACUCAGCGCUCCCUACUUGUUUUUCCGGGAGGUUCGAGAGGUGAAGGGCAGGAUGAAGUGUCUCAAUAAUUAUGCUUUCUCCAGUGAUUGGGAUGGCCCUGAGAUCCAGGAGUUGAUGGAUCGUGUUCACUUAGCUCUCUUUGUGGUCCGGUUCCUCUUGGCCUUCUUGCUCCCCCUCCUGAUCAUCACAGGCUGCCAUUGUAGGAUGGGCUGGGAGAUGAAGAAGAAGAGGCUGGUGAGGAACAGCAAGCCUUUCCGGGUCCUGGUGGCAGCUGUGGUCUCCUUCUUCAUCUGCUGGCUUCCCUACCAUCUCUACCACAGUUCGCUGACGUAUUGGGAAUCGUUCAGCUUCACGCAGCAGGUGUUACAGGUGACGAUGGUCAUCGGAGAGUGUUUCAAUUUCUGUUUCACCCCCAUUCUCUAUCUGUUUGUUGGGGAGAAAUUUCAGCAGGUCUUCAAGACAUCCCUUCUGUCUCUGCUAAAGAGAGGCUUUAUGGAUAUUCCCAUCAUCCCCAUGAACAAUGCCAACGAGGAGAGCCACCAAACUUGUAGCACCGGAAGCUUGAAAGUGAAGGUUGCUCAAACAAAUUGUCUGCCAUCUCCCUGA